UGUAACUUCAUGGCUUAGACUGUGUAGUGAAAUAAAAAAAAAUGGAGAAGUUAUAUAAAGAUACGAAGGAAGUCCUUAUUGGUUUCCGAUUGGACUAUUGCUGUUGGUUCGCGCCGAUCGGGGUUGGAAUAUACAUAAUAGGGUGGUUGAAUAUCAUUGCCGACGUAAGUUUUAUAUACAUAGUGUCCAUGUUAGGAACAAUGAAUGACUCAGUCGCACCAAUAAUCCUGAAGGUUCAGGAGACUAUGUUGGAAGACCUGGAAUCGAAGCUGAUGCCUCUGAUAGCGUACUCAACAGAGAUGUGCUUCACUGUGGUACUGCUGUGUGGCAUGUAUCGGAAAGACACAGUCCUGCUAACUAUGCACAUAUAUUACACUAUCGCGACCAUGAUAACUGAAUUCUUAUUAUAUUCAAUAGUGUUUGUGAAACUGGACGUGCUGAUUAUAAUAGGAAUUAUAUUUAGCUUCGUACUCCAAUUGUACACUAUAUUACUUGUGAGAAGUUACAUAGUAAAAAUUAAAGCAAGAACUGAGACCAACGGACGAGUCCAUUACAGCGCCGCUGACCAGUCAAUAAGGGAGAUUAUAACAAAAGUAGAUGUCGAAACUCCUCCCCCCACCCCCCUGCCGAGCCCUGAGAAGUCCGGAGACCAGGGAGAGUUCACUCCCCAGAAGGACAACCACGAAAGAUUGGAAACUGUGAAAGAGGACCCGAAAGAAUCUACUUCGGAAAAGGAAGAUGCGAAAGAAUUUACUAAUGUUUAAAUUUUGCAAGAGUUGGGUUAUAUGUUAGUAUCAAUAUGUUUUAUAUUUAUGUGCGAGUUAUAAUAAGAAAUAUAUUUAUUAAAACAG